AUGUGUUUGCCUGUGGGCGAUAGGGUGGGGUAUCUUUGCCAUAAUUGCGAUCGUCUCUUUUUACACAUUCGAACCUAUCAUGGUUCUGUUGAUGCCAUCCCCGAUCCAACCACUGCUGACUCAAACCCUCAUUCCGACUCGGACCCCCAAGAUUUCAAUUUCAAUUUCGACUGUGACCUCAUCAGUGACGACUAUUUUGCUGAUCACAAUGAUCACAAUCCUCACUCAGAAGGACACUCCAAUCCACAUCAAUCACAGUACAUACCUCACCCACAUCUCCAUGGUGAUCCUUGUGACCUUGAAGGCAACCCUCUUCCUCCAAAUGCCCCCAAGCCUGAUCGCUAUGUAGGCCCUCAAGACAGCUGGGCACCCUUUGGCAAUCAAGCUGAAUACUUACUUGCGGACUUCUUGUUCCGAAAAGAGGAGAUGUCUGCCCCCAACAUUGAUUUUCUGAUGGAGUUAUGGGCAUUCAAAGCGGCCAAGUACGAAGAGGACAGCCCAUUCAAAUCUCACCGUGAUGUAUAUGCCACAAUCGAUGCGAUCCGUGUGGGUGACGUGCCUUGGCAAUGUUUCUCUGUAUCACCACAACAUGACCUUGACUCCGACGUGCCCCAGUGGCAACAGACUGAUUAUCAAGUAUGGUAUCGAGAUCCCGAUGCUGUCAUACAGGCCAUGCUGGCAAAUCCUGACUUUGAUGAGCAGUUUGAUUAUACCCCAUAUGUUCAUUAUGACCAGUCGGGGAAGCGGCGUUGGAAGGAUUUCAUGUCUGGCAACUAUGCGUGGCGCAAGGCCGACACCAUAUACGAGAAUGACCCAUCAACGGAAGGAUCCAUGUACGUUGGAGUCAUCCUUGGAAGCGACAAGACAACGGUAUCCAUUGCCACUGGUCAUGUCGAGUAUCAUCCAUUGUAUUUGUUGAUCGGAAAUCCACACAAUUGUGUCAGGCGAGCUCACCCUGAUCGCAAAUAUGAUAACAACGUUCAAUUUCGAACCUUCAAGUGCCAGCUUUAUCAUUCGUCCCUGGCAGCCAUCCUUAAGUCACUUGAAGGUCCAAUGACGAAGCCAAUUGUCCUCAUCUAUGACUUGGCAGCUUUUAUUGCCGACUAUCCUGAACAAGUGAUGCUUGCUGGAAUUGUGCAAAAUUGGUGUGCGAACUUUCCCUUUACAAACAAUUUUCCACGUGCCGAUAUACAUGAAAUGCUGUCACCAGACCUCCUUCAUCAAGUUAUCAAGGGAUGCUUCAAGGAUCAUCUGGUUACUUGGACGGGCGAGUAUCUGAAGGAAGUCCACAGUGAGGCACAUGCCAAUGAGAUCAUCGAUGAUAUAGAUCACCGAAUUGCUGCAACACCAGCAUUCCCUGGCCUGCGAAGGUUUCCCGAAGGUCACCACUUCAAACAAUGGACCGGGGAUGACUCGAAGGCAUUAAUGAAGGUAUACAUCCCUGCAAUUGUGGAGUAUGUUCCUCCCCAGCUUGUUGCAUGCCUCAGCGCAUUCCUGAAUUUUUGCUACCUUGUACGACGGUCCGAACUUGGAGAAGACUCUUUGGCUGAAAUAAAACAGGCCCUACACCAUUUUCACGAGGCCCGCGAGAUUUUUCGUGACUCUGGGGUCCGGCCAAAGGGUUUCGCACUGCCACGUCAGCAUUUGAUGGUACACUAUAUCCGUCUGAUUCAAGAAUUCGGUGCUCCGAAUGGCCUAUGCUCCUCAAUCACCGAGUCUCGCCAUAUCACAGCAGUCAAGAAGCCAUGGUGUCGAUCGAAUCGGUAUGAUGCGCUUGGGCAGAUGCUGCUCACAAACCAGCAUCUUGACAAGCUCACGGCUGCAUAUGUUGACUUUGUGGCACGAGGACUUCUGCCAGCCUCACAUGCACCCCCACCCAGGCGCGGCCUUGACUUCAUGGAUGAGGGUAUCGAGAAUGGUGCACCAGACAUUGAAAGAGUCCAAGGAUCAGUUGUUUUGGCACGCAGCCCUCAUACGUCGUUCUUCAAACGUGGCUAUCCUCGGACACUCGAGACACUCACAGCGCAUCUCCAGCAGCCCAACCUUCCUUUACUUCCUCACGAGUUCCUUUCCAGCCAAUUGAACCCUGGAGCAGCUCUGAUCGACUGGAACGACUUACCACGGAUCGACGGUCCAAUUGCUGUGUUUCAUUCUGCCGUGGCUACUUUCUUGGCACCCAGUGAUGUCUCUGGGACCCACAGCAUGCAUCAGGGACAUCCACGUCAUGAUUGUGUCUUUGUGGUUGAAGACCAGGAAAAGGCUGGAAUGAGGGGUAUGAUUAUUGGGAGGGUCAAGCUAUUUUUUUCGUUUGCUUUUAAGGGUGUGACAUACCCUUGUGCAUUGAUUGACAGGUUUUCACGGAUGGGGAGAGGCCCAGAUUUGAUUACGGGCAUGUGGAAGGUGAAGCCUGAGUCUGUCGAGCAUGUUGACACAAUCCUUCGAAGUGCUCAUCUCAUCCCUGUCUUUGGCAGCGGUCCCCUCCCCGAUGGUUUUCAUUUUGCUCAUUCUCUUGACGUGUUCAAUUCUUACUAUGUAAAUAAGUAUGCAGAUCAUCAUGCACAUGAAAUUGUGUUCUGA